CUCUCUUCACAAAGCUGAGAUGUGCUAGCAUGGUCUCCUCGCCAUCCUCGAUUAUCUCGCGCGUUCUUUCGCCGUCAAGCAGCGCGUCAAGUCCGAGUCUGCGCGCGCUCGAGCUCGAGCAGGGCCCGCUGGCACUCGAGCGCACCAACACGAUCAGCACGCUCGGCGGGUUCGAGUUCGAGCAUGCGUUGUUACCGCUCAGUUUGUCAGGGGAAGAACAACAGCAGGCGGAACAUAAACAUGUCGGGUUGCUGCAAGGCAUGGCGCUCGUCGUCGGGAUGCAGGUUGGCUCGGGUAUCUUUGCGUCGCCUGGAGUUGUCGUCGACUCUGUGGGUAGCGUGGGCGCGAGCUUGGUCGUCUGGCUCGUAUCCGGAUUACUUGCAUGGACGGGGGCCACGUCCUUCGCCGAGCUUGGGUGCGCCAUCCCGCUCAGUGGCGGUGCGCAGGCCUACCUUGCCUACUCGUUCGGUCCCCUCCUCUCGUAUUUGUUCACCUGGUCAGCCGUGACGACGCUCAAGCCUGGCAGCGGUGCCAUCAUCGCCCUCAUCUUCGGCGAGUAUGUCAACCGCAUGAUUCACCAAGCCGUCACCGGCUCCUCGGAGGCCGUCGUGCCGGAGUGGACGUUCAAGGUAACCGCGUGUAUUGCUGUUAUCGUCAUCAGCGCGCUCAAUCUGAUCUCGCCUAAAGCAGGGACACACAGUGCUGUCGUGCUGACCGCCAUCAAGAUCGGGAGCCUGAUCUUUGUCGGCGUCCUCGGCCUCCUCUACUUGAUCCGAAAUGGGGCGGGUGAAUCAUUCGCCCGCGGCUCCGUCUUCAAGGGCUCCAGCACCAAUCUGAGCGACUACGCUAUCGCCCUCUACUCGGGACUGUGGGCUUUCGACGGAUGGGACCAGUGCUCGUUUGUCGGCGGCGAGAUGACCAACCCUGACCGCGAUCUGCCCCGCGCUCUGCACAGCAGCAUGACCAUUGUGCUUAUCCUCUUCCUCAGCGCGAAUGUGAGCUACUUCAUUGCCCUUCCGCCUGGGGUUGUGGCGAGCUCGAACACUGUCGCAUUGGACUUUGGCCGCGCGACGAUCGGCAAGCUGGGCAGCCUCGUAUUCUCGACCCUCGUCGCGAUUAGCUGCUUCGGCGCUCUCAACGGGUCGUUCUACACCACCGCGCGCCUCAUCUACGCCGCCGCGCGCGACCACUUCCUCCCCUCGGUAUUUGCGAAGCUUGAUGCGCGUCGGCGGACGCCUGACUACGCGUUGGCGUUGAAUGCCGCCCUCACGGCAUUCUUCAUCAUCUUCGGCGGCGGGUUCAGGAAACUCGUCAACUUCUUCUCGGUCACCAGCUGGACAUGGUACCUCGUCACUGUCCUGGGACUGCUGUACCUGCGCAUCAAAGAACCACACCUCGAGCGGCCAUACAAAGCGUGGAUCACCACGCCAAUCAUCUUCUGCAUGAUCGCAAUGUUUCUUCUACUCAUGCCCAUCUUCGCCGCGCCGUGGGAAGGCCUCGCCGCCUUCGUGUUCAUGGCCGCCGGCGUGCCGAUGUACUACCUCACUGCGCGCUCGCGCUCGCGCCAAGCGCGGGGCUACAGCCGUGUCGAAGGCGUAGAGGAGGAGGGUGGGGUCGGCGCGACGCUGCGCGACGCUUACGCCGCGUUCCUCGACGACAUCUCGCGCCUCCUCCCUGCGCGCUGGGCGGCGCGCCUCGGCCCCUCGGCGCCACCAGACCGCGAAGAACGGCGCGGGAUGCUCGAGCGCGUCGAGAUGGCAGAGCUCUAGACUACAUGCAUAUUAGAUUAC